AUGCGACCGAAACAGGCUUAUUCCCGCUGUCCGGAGCUGGACGUGUGUGACACGUGUGCAUCCUUACGCUUGCCUGAAAAUUUUCAGACGCGUUGUAUUCGUGGUCAUCUUUGUGGUCUAACAGCAGGCAUCGUAGACAACGAGCGUGUCUUCUUGUUAUCAAACACAUCAAGCGCUGCGGCCCACUCGGCCUCUCGUCAACGGUCGCCUUCUGCCAGGCGUCGAGGCACCUCGCCAUCUCUGUUGAAGUUCAAGGUGAUGUCGUAG